AUGAGUGAGAGCCAACUUCUUGGAAUGGAUGGUGUUGGCCCCUUUCGUUCUCAGCGGAGCGCACCAAGAGAUAUUACUUCUAGACGAUCAAGUCACUCACCGGCAAAGCUAGAUCUAGGGCUUUCACUAGAUCAGAUUCUAGGUUAUUCGGGCUCGGGAAGCUUUAGUGAUGACCUCUUCGCAUCGUCAUUUGCCGAAAUGACACCUUCAGAACAGUCACCAUGGUUGUCAAAUCUUCUUUCUCCAGGCCCUAGCCAUGACGGUAGUAUCACCCAGAGCCUGCUGGAGGGCUCCCAUGGAAACGAUGAAUUCAGCUUCGAAGCCCUCCUAGAAGGAGAUGGCGACGGAAUUGAGGAGAUUAUAAGGCAGCCUGACCGAGGCGCGCGAAUCAGAAACCUCAGUUUCCCAGCGCCGUAUGACUCCCAACAUACUGAACCGAGUAUCAUGCCUUCAGGACUGCUUGGAGAACCAGCCUUUACUCUGGCAAACCCAGAAAUGCUUGUCCGGCAUUUUGAUAGGUCUACUUGUGGAAUUCUGUCCGUCAAAGAUGGCGUCCAUGAAAACCCAUGGCGCACUUUAGUUUGGCCAUUGGCUAAGGAUACCCCAGCUCUUUAUCAUGCAGUAUUUGCGCUGGCUGCCUUCCAUGCUAGCAAAGACAACCCAUCGUUGAGGGUUCACGGAGUGGAUCACAUGAGAAAGAGCAUUACGUGUAUGGUGCGAGAUAUACAAAGUAUGAGGACAGACGCUGCUUUAGCUACAAGCCUCGCUCUUGCUUUUGCUGAUACCUGGGACCAACACACUCGUUCCUGCAUACAGCAUCUCCGUGGAGCAAAGGCAUUGGUUUCCCAAGUUGUGACACUCGGGAUGCAGGGCGGACUUCAAGGGAACGAUCUCAGAAGAGUACGUUUCUUGUAUAACACCUGGCUAUACAUGGAUGUCAUUGCCCGCCUGACUUCUCGUGAAGAACACGGAGAGGAAGAGAUGGAAGUUCCUUCUUUCCCUUUCUCAGAGAAUACAGUGCAUGAAAUUGAUCCUUUGAUGGGAUGUGCUGCAACGCUCUUCCCACUCAUUAAUCAAGUUGCCCGAUUGAUCCAACGCGUCCGCAAAACUGAGUCGAACUCUAUAUCCCUUAUUUCCCAGGCCAUUGAACUUAAGCAAUUGGUGGAGCGAUGGGAACCACCAGAUUGGUUUGAGCCCCCAGAGGAUCCUACCUCCGAAGUCCAACAUAGUAUUCAGACCGCCCAUGCCUAUCGCUGGGCCACUCUGUUGUAUCUUCAUCAAGCUGUCCCUGAGAUGCCUUCAGAACCAACCUCGGAACUGGCUAAGCGGGUUUUGAUUCUUUUGGCCACAGUACCGCCUAGCUCACGUACCACAAUAAUCCAAAUGUUUCCGCUUUUGGUCGCUGGGUGUGAGGCCGAGCAGGAAGAGGACCGGGGUUGGGUGCUUAAUCGAUGGAGCGCAAUUCAGUCCCGGCUGAUGUUGGGCUCUAUUGACCGAUGCAUUGAGGUCGUCCGUGAAGUUUGGGCUCGCCGAGAUGCGAGUGCAGCUAAAAAGAAGGCGCAAGAACAGCAACAAACCCCGGGGGCUAGCCGCUCUCGUAGUACCGCAGGGCAAACUCCAGGGAAUAAUAGGGUAUUCUACACCGGCCAAGCUUCCGCGCGCCGAAGCUCUGCGGUAUCCCCUUUGGAGAACAUCGAGUUCGAGAAGACGGUACGGGGAAAGUCACACUGGGUGCAUGUGAUGCAAGAAUGGGAUUGGGAAGUAUUCCUAGGUUAA